AUCAUUAUAUACAUCACCCAUGCAACUCACGGGCCACAAACACAAUCCUCAGUCACAGCAAUGGGGCAGCACCACUUCCUCAUUAUAUCACUUCCACUGCAAGGCCACAUCAACCCAGCCCUCCAAUUCGCCAAGCGCCUGAUCAGAACCGGCGCCCACGUCACCUUCGCUGUCUCCGUCUCCGCCCAUCGCCGAAUGCCCAAAGAUCCGACCCUCCCCGGUUUAACCCUAGUCCUCUUCUCCGAUGGCUAUGAUGAUGGGAUAAAGUACUCCGAUGAUCAUGUCCAGCACUCUAUGUCCGAGAUAAAACGUUGUGGACCAGAAACCCUCAGGCGGAUCACUGCAAUGAGCGCUGACCAAGGCCGACCAGUUACUUGCUUACUGCACACCAUCCUCCUAACUUGGGCGGCAGAACUGGCUCGUAGCCUUCAGGUUCCGUCGGCGCUUCUUUGGAUUCAGAGCGCCACUGUUUUCACCAUUUUCUAUCAUUACUUCAAUGGUUAUGGUGAUGUGGUUGGAGACUGCAGCAAUGAGGGUUCAAGUCCAAUUGAGUUACCGGGGCUUCCAAUAUUGCUGUCUAGCUGUGAUAUUCCAUCUUUUUUACUCUCUUCAAACAUAUAUGCUUCGGUGCUCUCAACAUUUCAAGAGGAAAUGGAGGCACUAAGGAAAGAGACGAACCCCAAAAUGCUUGUGAACACGUUCGACGCACUGGAGGCCGAGGCUCUACGAGCUGUGGAUAAGGUUGAAGUGAUGGGAAUUGGACCUUUGGUUCCAUAUGCUUUCUUGGAUGCUAAAGAUCCAUCUGAUACUUCCUUUGGAGGAGAUAUUUUACAAGAUCCGAGUGACUGCAUCGAUUGGUUGAACUCCAAGCCCAAGUCAUCAGUCGUUUAUGUGUCGUUUGGGACACUUUGCGUUCUGUCAAAGCAACAAAUGGAGAAGAUUGCACGUGCUUUGCUACACAGCGGCAGGCCUUUCUUGUGGGUCAUAAGAUCAGCACCCGGAAACGGAGAAGUGGAAGAAGAGAAGCUGAGUUGCAGAGAAGAGUUGGAAGAAAAAGGGAUGAUAGUGGCUUGGUGUCCUCAGUUGGAUGUUUUGUCACAUCCAUCAUUGGGAUGUUUCAUUACACAUUGUGGGUGGAACUCAACGUUAGAGUGCCUAGCUUCUGGGGUUCCAGUUGUAGCAUUUCCACAAUGGACAGAUCAAGGGACCAACGCCAAGCUAAUUGAAGAUUUGUGGAAGACAGGCGUUCGGGUGACAGCGAAUGAGGAGGGAAUAGUUGAAAGCGAGGAGAUCAAGAGGUGCUUGGAAGUCGUCAUGGGCCGUGGAGAAAGAGGGGAAGAAUUGAGAAGGAAUGCUGGGAAAUGGAAGGAUUUGGCAAGGGAAGCUGUGAAAGAUGGUGGAUCUUCGGACUACAAUCUGAAGGUUUUUUUGGAUGAAUUGGGACAAGGCAGUAUUCUUUAGAGAAAGUUAACUUGUGUUGAUAUGAAGUUGUAUUACUGAUUGAACUCGUUCUUAGAGUGCUUGCUUUUAUUUGAAUUAGCAUGGAGCGAUCACAUUGAAAUAAAAGACAUUCGUACUAUGAACCAUUUCCUUGGUGUAAGUGUAACCACAUCUGGAGAAAAGAGAAAUUUCAAGUCUCUAUUCUCCAGCCUAUGAAAUAAAAGAGCUCCCUCUGA